UCAAAACAAACGAUCAGAACCUCUUUAACUUACGUUAAUUUGACAAACUUUUUCACUCUCAGACUUUCCCAUAUAUAGGAAGAGGACAAUUGCCCACCUGCGCACGAAAAUUUAAGAUCUUCCUGUAAUGUGCAUACCACUUACGGUAAUGUUUCUAUUGCCAAGUGGGGAAACGGAGUUAGGUCUCCUUAUUAUUCCUUCGUGAUCAUGCUAUACCCCUCUAAAUUCUUUUAGAGACUAUUUUGUUUCGAUAUGGUUUAGAAACUGUCAAAAACUGUGGAAGAAAGUCAAAAACUGGGUGCCGUCGAAGUGACUGGAAGACAUUAAUUCGGUUUUCCUAAACUCAGCGUUUACUAAAUCAUUUAAGCCAAAUUAUACAUAAUCGGAAAUUCAUGCAGAAAGUCUUUGUUUUUUCUAAGAACCACUUAAGAUUAAUUGUUUAAGCAAUUUCGAUCGUCUAUUAAAAUUUGAAAAAAUUUGUCAACAUCAGAAUGGCAAAUAAAGGGAAUCCAACUUUGCCAAUACCAGUUGACUUCAUAGAUUUAACUCAAGAUUCCCCAAUCAACCUGUCCAGGAGAGAAAACAAAAAUCCACCUAUUCUCAACAAUUCCACAAGGCGUUUACUUCGAAAUAGAGGCGGCUACGUACAAGAAUUGGACAAACUCGAGUACGAAGCACGAGAUGCGUGAUCAAAAUCUGUUGGGUAAAGAUGAAGGAGCUUUAACAAAAAAGAAUUCACAAUCACCAAAUUCAUGUGGUCGCUGCUUUAACCUUUAGUUUUAAAAAGUCUUGUACACAAAGAUUGAGCGCGUAGCGCGAGGUAAAUACAUUACCGAGCACGGGCAGAUUAAAAAAAAUGGAUUUUCGAAAAUCACCUUUUAGUAUCUACAGAAUAGGCCAGCAGAACGAUUUUCCAUCGCCGCGUACAAUUUUUGAAAUGUUCGUUAACAGGUUUAGACCGCGGACCCUUCAAAUUGUUUAUAUUUGCAUGUAAGAAAAUAAAAAUACUGGGGCGCGUGAUAUACACAUAUAUGUAAUAAUCUUCAAAUUUAUUCAUUAUCCACAUUAUAGGUUGCACGUUGUUUUCGCUUACUUAUCGCGUGCUUUUAAUUGUCUUUUGAUUUUGAAUAGCCAUACUUUGACAUGCUAGCUUUUUAGCAAUUUUAAAUAAAAUCAUGUAGUAAUUAUUACACCAAUGCUGUAAUGUGUCAUUAAAAUAUCGGCAUCAGCUAGUUUUACGUGAAAUAAUAAUUCUUUGUACCAAAAAGAGUCUCGUUUUCAGCUUCUAAUAAUCUCAGAUAUUUGGAAAGGAGCUAAAAAAUUUUCAUAAGUACAUCAUACGGCCCUAUUUUAGAUUUUCUAUUAUUCAUUCGUUGUUUAUUAUUAAAGAUGAUUUAUUUGUUAAAAAUUAAUUCUUAUAGUUGUUACAAAGGCUAGUUCUUUGAAAACGGCAUUGGGCUUUCUAAACAUAAAUGGUUACGACGCCAAAGGCGUAAACACAUCGGUAUCUUUUAAGGAGUUAGCCGCUAGCGCAUCUCGAGCACGGAGGGACGGCCCCUUGCAAGACUGGAAUGUUUACGCCUGUGGCGUAGAAAACAUGCAGCUUUCGGGAAACUAUAAUUUGAAACAUUCAGGCCUGAAAUUGUACUAUGUAAAAACAUUAAUGGGUAGUUUCUAGGAGUCGAGGACAGAUUACUGACUUUUGAAUUUAGGAUCUAAACCUGAAGGUAAAGAAAAUCAGGUAUAUACUCCGAGCGAAAGGAUAUAGAUCAGCUACUGAAUCCACUUUGAGGCCGCCUUGAUAACUUGGGUAAUUCUUGAUUAACCUUAUUGCAGAAUUAUCUCUUUCAAAUAUACAUAGGAAAUUUAUUAUUUUUCUAUGAAAUAUUUCCUAUUUUCGAACAAUUGUCUUGUCUCUUACAUCCCAUUGCAAAAUGGUACACAUGUGUGUUAAGUAAAACAAAAUUUGUAUUAACCCUUGCUUACCACACAUGGGUCUUCGGGACACAACGACCUUUUAUAAUUAAAUUUUAAGUACCUAAAUGCAAAGGGGGCAAGUCUAUUGAAACAUUCGUCGAUAUUUGAAGAUUUUAACUACUCUUCAGGACGUUUAUCAUGACGCUGGAACCAUUAGUUUAUUUUCAGCAGCUGUUUAAAAAUUGAGUUGGAUCCUUUGGACUCGAGUGUGAUAAGUACGUUCGAAAAUGAUUUUUGGAGUCAAUUUUAAUUUAGUGUAUAUUGACUUCAGAUUAAAUAAUAAAUUCUACAAAGUAUAUUUGGCAAAGUCAACAUUUUCUUAAUAGACAACGUUUUAAUGACGAUGAUUUUGGAUGGAGUGACGAAAUACGAUUUCACGCUGUGAGUUAUAUUAUUUGUGUAUGAUUGCACUAACAUGUAAAAUGAAAAUAAGAUCACUUCAUUUUGUCUUAAUUUCAUGCCUAGUUUGUAUAAAUUCAAGAAUUCAUCAAUAUUUUGUAUACAUAUUUUUUGUAA